AUGCCAAGUGGACAGCGACUUUUUCAGACCUUGAGGCACUGCGACGCAAGCAGGCCACCAUUCUCUCGCAGGCAAAGGCUCAAGCCGCGUCUCUGUCAGGGGAGCCGGGUUCAAGCCUCAACAGGGCCUCCCUCGGCCAACUGCUCCGAAGCAGAGCAGGACCUGCCGCGGUUGCUUUCGCGUGGUUGGCCGCUCAGAUAG